CUUCCUGUUUGUACUCCUGUCAUGGUAGCAGGAGUCAGCUGGCCAUCGGGACUCACUGAUCACCUCCACAAACCGUGUUUUUAGUCAUCUUUUCUAAUGACCCGAUAGCGGUUUUGGAGGCCGAGUACGGGUGAUGCGGGUGUUUUUGCGGUGCCUUUGGGUGAUGAUUUGGGUCGGAAUUUCUGCAAACCGUGAAGGGUCACCUGUGUUUUCUGAUGAAAUUCCCUUCAGAAUUAACUGGGUUGGGGCAGACUUCAGCCUGCCAUUGUCAGGGGCCCUUUACAAAGAAGAUGAUUAUGUUAUCAUGACAACUGCAGAAAAAGAGAAGUACAAGUGCUUAUUGCCAUCUUUAUCCAGCACCCAGGAGGAUGAUAUGAGAGAGUACAGCGGGCCGAGCCCAGCCAUGCUGCUGGAACCGUUAUUCAAACAGAGCAGCUGCUCCUACAGGAUUGAGUCAUAUUGGACAUAUGAGGUAUGCCACGGGAAGUAUAUUCGACAGUACCAUGAGGACAAGGAGACGGGGCAGAAGAUCAGCACUCACAAAUACUAUCUGGGAACCAUGAAAAACAAUUAUGGUGCAGAAUCAGAAAAUGCAAAGGACUAUGAAACAGAAGGAUCAGACACCAACACAGAGGUGCCAACUAAGAAUAUAGAGGGUCGGCUGACGCCAUACUAUCCUGUAGAGAUGGGACAUGGGACUGAAUGCACUCUGAGAGAGAAUCAGCCUCGCUCCACCACAGUGCUUUAUGUCUGUCACCCGGAGGCAAAACACGAGAUCCUCACUAUUGCUGAGGUCCUCACCUGUCAGUAUGAGGUGGUGGUGCUCACACCCCUACUCUGUCCUCACCCGAAAUACAGGUUCAAGUCUUCACCAGUCAAUGACAUCUUUUGCCAGGCUCUGGGUGGCUCUCCUCUCAGACCGCAGAGUCUCUCCCAGCUGGACCGUAAGCAGGAAGAGCUGCUUAAACAACCAUUCAGCUCAAGCAGCGAGAGGGAGGUGAGAGGAUCUAGGGAGGACACAUCUCCAGUGAAGGAGGAGGCCUUUACCUCCACCCAUAAGCCCCUGAUAGUAGGCGGGCAAUCUCAGGUCACUGUCGGCAUCACCCAUAUCUCUCGUCUAACUGAUGAACAGCUGAUCAAGGAGUUCCUGAGUGGCUCAUACUGUCUGCAUGGGGGUGUUGGAUGGUGGAAAUAUGAAUUCUGUUAUGGAAAGCACAUCCACCAGUAUCAUGAGGAUAAAGAGCAAGGAAAGAACAUUGUGGUAGUGGGCAGCUGGAAUCGGGAGGAUCAUUUGAACUGGGCCAAGAAGAAUGUGGUGCGAUCUUUUUUGAAAGAUGGAGCGAAUGUGAUAGUUGUCUCUCACUUCUAUGGCAAUGGAGACGUAUGUGACCUAACAGGAACACCGAGACAGGUUAUAGUCAAGCUAAAGUGUAUGGAAUCAGAGUUGCCUCAUACUGUUACAGUAUACAUGCUGGAACCUCAGACCUGUAAAUAUAUUCUUAGGGUGAGAGGUUGAGUCUCCAGUAAUCUGCAAGGUCCUGGACACUGCAGAUGAGAAUGGACUUCUUUCUCUCCCUAGCUAGUACUACAUCAUUGGUACUGUGAUGGAGGAAUGGACAAUAGUUUGGAGAACUGGAGGAAGAUGUUCUGAUAAUGUCUAGCUCAACAGAUUAUGAAAAUAGACAUGCUGAACCUCAGAGCUGCAUUUAAGAACAAUGACAACGCCGUCACUGACUGCACUUUAUUUUGAUUGAAGACCAAAACAGGGUGGAGAUUUGAUGAACCCCUUUUAAAGCUGGAAAUGCAGCUAGGACUGAAUGCUCAAUGUUUUAUUAACAAAUCUCAAACCUGUUGAAGAAUAUUUUUUCAACUUCAUAUUUUGGUGUAAUUCGUUUCCAGGCCUUGGUUUCAAAAGAUUCACUUGGGAGAGUCAGUCAAUAGAUGAGUUCAACUGUUUUAACCAUGCAUUAUUUCUGCUAACUUCAGGUAAUUCAAUGCUUGCCAUUUACUACUGUGCUGCUGGAGAUGGUUAAUUAUAUUGUUUCUAAAAGAGGUGAGUUAGUUCUGAAGAAACAAUUCAUGAAAUUACAAAUUGCAAAGGAAAAUGCAAUAUUUUUAUGCACUGGAAAGUGAAAAUAAACUGGUCUUUGGAAAUUCGGUAUCAUUGUUAUUUUCAGAAUUUGUGAUAAACCUUUAAUGUAACCCCUAAAACUGGGUGACUUCUUCACACUUGUACCUGUUGUACAACAACAAAAUGUUGGUGAAGGGUUGCUCUUUUACAAGAAGUUUAAAAGGAUGAUUAUAAUUGAGUUGCAUUAACCAUAAUUUUGGUUGUUGCUCCACCUGUAC